GUCGUCAAAACUAGCAACCGCAGUACAGUUAGGUGGGUUUGUUCAACUAAAAUUCGUCGCCAAUAUACCAGUUUAAAAACAAUAAAUACGUCACGUGGUUAUGAAAUACCCUUCCAUCCGCGCUGCUGCUGCUUUAGCUAAUGUUUUGGUUCAAGGGGUUACCAAGGCGAAAGAAUGCGGAAGUGGUGUGGCUAAUGAGCGGCGGCUAGCUCAGCUGACACUGAUUGACGUAUUUGCGUCAUAUCAUCUGGGCUACAGUGACACGUGACGUGAUGACACGCUACGUGCUGUGUCAUGACGGUAGCGUUGUAACAACACGGACCAGUUUAUGGCUAUCUGAUGACAUGACUCUACCACGUUGUCAUCGCUGUCAGUGUGAGCAAAAUAAUAUACAGUACAGGUAUAAGCAAACACCUCGUUCUUUCCCAUUUCUUCCAUCACCAACAGAAUCUGAAAUUGCUAUAAAGACGAGGACAGUUCAUGAGAGAUGUAGAUUAGUUUAAAAAUCACAUCUGGAAACAUUUUACAGGCUAUGAAUUCCUCUGAGUAUGGGGAAGCUUCAGAUGAAACAAUGCUUGAAAAAGAACACAAGCAUGUUAAAAAAUGUAAGGAGGAGACUGAGGACUUUGUCGUAUGUGAGGCACCGGGAAAGUGUGGCGGCGGAUCUCCUGGGGCCAAUGAAGCCGGUAAACGGACCUCUGCAGAAAUGGAGCAUGACACUGAGCAGUACUCAUGCAGCAAGCGAGUCAGAAUCACAGGAGAGAUGAGGCGGCACUUGGCAGAUGACAGCAGUAGACAUGAGCCUCUAUGUCUCAGCACGAAUGGAGAGAAGAGGGACAACAUCCAUGGGAAAUCCAGAGUUUCUUAUAGAAAGCCUCUCUUCAGUAUCUCCCACAGGAUAUCAGAGAAGAAGAACACACCAAGUUUAGAUCAUCGGGCUGGCUUCUUCUCAUCCUCGCUUCUAAGUUCAGAAGGAAAUGGCUUAUUGGAGGCUUUGCCAAGCCUUGACUGUUCAGGCCAAGCGUGGUCAAAAGACUCUAACCUUUAUCCUCUGAUUGAGAAAAUGUUUUUCAUUCUCAAUAGCCUCAGUUCCAGCAUGACUCAGUUGCAUAGCAAAGUGGACCUGUUAAGUCUGGAAGUCUUGAGGAUAAAGAAGCAGAUCAAACCAGUGGAGAUGGUGGCAGACUUCCAGCCUCCUCCAGAGUAUCUGCUAACAAGCGAGGAGUUGACUUCUUUAACCGAAAACAUAUCCAGCGCUGGGGAGCUUGGGUGCCGUUUACUGGUUCAUCUAUUCCCUGAGCUGUUCAAAGCCAGGGAGUGCUCCCAUGACUGUGUGACAAGCAAGAGAUCACUGGAGUCUCUACAUCUGCAGCUGAUCCGUAACUACGUAGAGGCAUGCUAUCCAUCGGUCAGGAACCUCGAUGUUUGGCAGGGAGAGUGUCUCCCUCAGAUCAAUGACUUUUUUAAUCGUUUCUGGGCUCAGAGGGACAUGGAGAGUGCUAGACUCUUAAGGAAGCAGACAAUGGUUGCAGAAGAUAUAAUAGCAGAGCAUCCCCAAACCUAUCGUUUCAUAAACGAACAAGGCCGUGAGGAGCACAUCUCUCAAGUGACCCAGCAGAGCACCUUGGUUGGGCCUUUAAAUGACCAAACAACAGAGGAGCUGGAUGAGCUCGCAUCUCCUGAAGACUUGGUCAUUUUCCUUAUGCAUCGACUCUUCCCUGAGCUUUUUGAAGAGGGUACUAAAGUGCCAGAAGGCUCGAAUUGUUUAAACAGUGUUGGCCAGCUGAUUCUAGACUCAGACAGGAUGGAAAUCAUUAAAAAGUAUAUGGAAACUAAUUUUCCUGAUGUGCCUGAGGAGAGCUGGCUUCAGGUAUGCAUUCAGCAUAUGGAGGAUGCACUCGAUGGCCCUCACAGCAAUGGCAAUGGAAGUGAGCCCGACAACAACAUUGACGAGAGUUAUGACCUGGCCAGCAUUCCUGAAGAAGGUUCUGUCUUGAAAGUUCGUGAGAUGUGUGACAAUGAAAGGACCUCACGAAAGGCCAAAAAGUCGCUGCUAUCGCCUAUUGAUUUUGACAAUAUGGAGAUUCCUUUACCAAACUUUACUGUUCCACAGGAGUUCCUCUUGUCCAAAGAACAGCUGAAGUACAACUAUGAAUGUAGCUUGUCAAUCGGGAACUUCGCCUCCCGUCUGCUGGUUCUCAUGUUCCCUGAGCUCUUCACCCACGAGAACACUCGGAAGCAGUACAACUGCAGCGGUUCUCUCGGGAAAAAGCAGCUUGAUCCCCUUCGCGUGAACCUGGUCCGUCACUAUGUGCAGCUUGUCUACCCACGAGCAAGGAAUGAUCGAGUGUGGAUGUUAGAGUUUGUGGGAAAACUUGAUGAGAGGUGUCGUAGACGAGACACUGAACAGAGAAGAUCCUACCUGCAGCAUCGCAAAGUGUAUGGUCAAGAUGCAGAACAGGAUUUUCUCCUGAACCAGCUCCAGGAGGAUCCAGAAAUUCCCUCAUUGCCACCUGAGAAAAGCAGUAAAGACUUUUGCAAAAUUCCUCUGGAUGAACUGACUGUAUCUAAGCCCGACUUCCCAGUUCCUUCAGCUUACCUGCUCUCAGAUGCAGAGGUCCGGGAAAUAGUCCAGCAGAGUCUUUCUGUUGGAAACUUUGCCGCAAGACUGUUGGUGCGCCUCUUCCCAGAGCUCUUCACACAGGAGAACCUGCGGCUGCAGUACAACCAUUCAGGGGCCUGCAACAAGAAGCAGCUGGACCCAAUGCGCCUCAGACUCAUCCGUCACUACGUGGAAACAGUGUAUCCUGUGGAGAAGAUGGAGGAGGUGUGGCACUACGAAUGUGUGCCAAGCAUCGAUGAGCGCUGCCGGCGCCCCAAUCGGAAAAAGUGUGACAUUCUGAAGAAGGCCAAGAGGUCAAACACUGUGUUGUAGGCACAGCACUCCCCACCACCAGACAAAUACUUUAGCAUUGCACAGCAAAUAAGCUCAAAUUUUACAAAACUGUCCUUUUUAGGAUGAAGCCAACCUGUCAUGUGUUUCUUCAAUUCUUAUUCCCACUUUGGCUACAGAUGUAUAUGACUUGUACUAUUAUUGUUAAAUAUAAAGAGUUUCAAAAGCUAUUUAAAAAGCCAAAAGUGUUGUAGAUUGUCUAACAUAAUUGUUGUCGCCUUCAGCAAUUAACAAUAUAUAUCAGUUCAUGCCAUAGUUUUCUAUAUGAACAGAAAUUAAUUGAAAAUAUGUGAUGUAGUAUUAACAUUACAGUUGCUGAUGCAUUGUGUCACCUCUGUUUUAAUAGCAGUUUGCUUAUAUUAAGCCUUCUUAUGGAUGUUUAUAUUAUAGAAAAUUUAACAUAGUAGAUGAGCACUUAUUCUAAUAAAAUGACAUUUAUGGGUUGUUACAUGUUAAUUGCUGCUUACCAUUUGUAAAUCUUAUUUGGUUUUUACAUUGGGCGGCAGUACCAACUAUUGCAUUAAAAGUGUCAGUUUUAAUAGUUUAGCAUUUCCAUCAACAUUUGUAAAAACACAAAUCAGGUUCCUUAAUCCAAGUGAUGCAAAGUUCCAGAAUAUCCAAACAUCUUUAUUGGAUAGCAGGGAAAUGAUAUCUCUCACCACCAUUUUUCAUGUGUAAAACCACAUUAUUUCUGGACACUUUGAUGAUACCAUACCAUGUCAUUGUAUUGUUGCAGU